AAUUGUUAUUCGCGAAAGACGCCACCACCGUCGCGUCGCCUGCACACAUGAUAUUUUCGUGAGUCAGUGCAGUCAUUCAUGAAAUCAGUUUCCUGGAAAAAUAAUUGUAUUCAAAUAACGGCCGGCGAAAAUAAACUAAUUACUCGUUGUUCGGGAGAUCGUUGGCUUGGGAGUUUGUUGUUAAAACAAAUAUACUUAUGGGAAAGUGCAGCACAACUCAAAGGUGUACGCUGGGUUUUGCCGACGACUAGUGGACACGAAAAUCUCAGGAGCUGCAUUCACAUUCCUAUCUCGUCGUCGAUCAUAUGAAAUUAGUUUAUUCCCGGAAUUUGGUUCAUGAAUCAACUAAGCCAUGGUAGCUAAAAGUGGUGAAUCAACAUUCAGUACAACCGGCGGCGGCGAAAGUGUUGCGUCUCCCGAUGCGGAGCGCGAGAUUCAGUCAAUUUUUUGCAAAUUGACAACCGCCGAACUCUUAAAACAUUUGUUAAAUACGCGCGCCAGCAAUCGAGACAGCCAUGACGAAACAAAUGCCGGCGAAACCGUCAAAAAGCGUGGCCAUGACUCACCUCAAGAGGCUUACAUCCAAGCGACGGAUCCAUCCCCGAUAAAGCUCACUUUUUGUUCAAAAUCGGCGUGCGAUAAACGCGAUUCCGCUGAUAAUAACAGUGAUGUUUUAUCUCCGACGGGCAGAGGUUAUGUGUCGUUCGAACAUGGAAUAAUGAGCGAACGAGAUGACGACCGCCAAAAUAAUGAAGAACAAGGCUUCAGGGAAAACCUGCAGAGGAACCUCAGCGAGGAAAGCUCCCUUCCCGAACAGUUUUCCGAUGACGAGGUCGCGGAUUUCUCCGCAGCCAUUCUGUCCUCCGACACUCUGGAUUUUAUUUUGUACGGGACGGAAAAUAAUCUGUGCAUCCAUACGCCCAGCCCGAAGGAAAACACCAGUGAGUGUACCGUUAACUCGGAUUUUAGUGAUUUUACGGAACUGUUGCCGUUUGUUCGGGAAACUGGGUCUCCUGAGGCUGCGUUUUCACCAGUGGCGUCCACGUCGGUCAGUUCCACAGUGAGCAGUAAAAUUGUGCCUACAAUUGGUGAAACUAGUGAUAAAAAGACUGAGACUGCUACGAGUAGUGAUAGUGAGAAGGACAUCAACGAUGCUAUGGUACUAGUUCCUUGUGAUCCACAGGAAUGGACCAGUUCACACAUUAAGUCUUGGUUAGAAUGGAGCUCCCGAAAGUUCUCCCUUCAACCGAAACCUGAUCCUGAAAAAUUCCCCAAAACUGGAGCCGAGAUCUGCGAUUUGAGCAGAACCGAAUUCGAAACUAGAGCCGAAUGUUCCAGAUCAGGUACAAUUCUUGCCAAAUAUAUCGCCCAUCUUCGCCAUAGUGUUAGUGGGAGGUCAAGUAGUCCUUUGAAUGUGGAAUGCAAGGAAUACGAAGACGACACAGACGACGAGGAGCAAGCAGACCCGUAUCAGCUGCUGAAUGCGGCCACCAGCCGAUUGGUGGCGCAGGGUAGCGGCCAGAUCCAACUGUGGCAAUUCCUGCUAGAACUGCUCAACGAUUCGUCGAAUGCGACGUGCAUCACGUGGGAAGGCACCAAUGGGGAGUUCAAACUCACCGACCCCGAUGAGGUGGCCCGCAGGUGGGGUGAACGGAAAUCCAAGCCGAACAUGAACUACGAUAAGCUCAGCAGGGCGCUCAGGUACUACUACGACAAAAACAUAAUGUCCAAGGUGCACGGCAAGAGGUACGCCUACAAGUUCGACUUCCACGGGCUGAUGGCCGCGUGUCAGGCCCAAGCCCAGGGUCAGGGUGACGUUAUGCCCCCUUACCACAAGUACCAACCGCACCAGAGCGAGCUAGGGGCAGCGUUAUAUCCCACAACUCACACGGCUAACCCUAGGAUACCCAGCAUCCUACCAGCCACCACGCAACAUUCGCAACCUGGGUUGUUUGCACCGCCAAGUUACUGGCCGUACUCCCCGGGAAGCUUCGAUCCUCGGGGGCCCCCUUUCAACUGAUUUGUAUGUAAAAAUGUACAUGGUUUGGUUUGCGGCAGAUGUAAUAGAGGUUUUACACAUUUUAAAGUGUAGCGAAACUGAAUUCAGGUCCUGUAUACCAGAGAAUAUAAACUAAGCUAGUACGAAUAUGUGUCCCUAAGUAUCAAUCUCCAAAUACGAAAGUAGGAAUUAGGCCUAGGGCCCUUGUGGGAUCGGUCGACU